AUGAAUAAUAAUAUAUAAGAAGAUCUUUUUGAUCUUGAACAAUUAACUUUCUCUUAAUCUCAUAUAAUCUAUUCACAUGAAAAUAUAGCCUAAAAAAUAUAGAAAUUCUAAAUAUUUAAUCCUUAACAUUAAACUACUCUUGGUCUAAUCAAAUUAGAUGGUAAAAUCAAAAUAGAUAUUGCUUUACAAAUUAACCAUAAAACCAUAUCAAAAAACAAAUAAAUACAUUCAGAUCCUCGUUAAUGUCCAAUUUGUAAAAAGAUAUUUACUUCUCCUUAAGCUGUAGGAGGACAUUCAUCAAGAGUUCAUCCAAAUGAAUCAGAAAAAUAUUAAACUAAAGUUGCUAAAAGAGAAGAACGAAAACAUGAACUUUUAAGAACCAGAUAACUUCAAAGUAUUGUUUAAAAUGACUUAGAAUUUUUAUGA